AUGGGGAGAAGCGGUCACUCACAUAGGAGUACGCUCAAGAAAGAUCAUAAACCCUUCAAAUCAAGACAUGCAUCAAAGGGCCUGUUGAAGAACCAGUACAAGGGAAAGGUUGAGAAGACCGGUCCAGGUUCAGGCAAGACACAGAAGGUUGUUUCUAAGUUGCAAAGAAAGAACCAAAGCAAACAGCUUAAGGAACAUAAGAUCCAGGAGACGAAACUUGCAAGACGUCUAUUUGAGGGAGCCUCUGGUGCUGAGAAGGUCAUCACUGUCAUUGCACUUACACCAGAUAUCUCUCCAGCAGGCAUAGCAUCUCAAUUAGUGAACAGCAUCAAGGCAAGCCCAGAAGACCCAGAUGUUGAGUUCUCUGGUCCUUCUGUGGUAUCACUUCGUUUGCCACGUUUCAAGUCGAACGUGAAGUUUAUCAUGCCAGAUCAGAAUAACUUGAUCUCGAUUCUAGAUGCUACCAAGGUGUCUGAUUUCGUCAUUUUCGGUCUUUCUGCCGAACAAGAAGUCGAAAAGGAGUAUGGUGAACAAAUCUUGAGAGCCAUUGUUGCCCAAGGUGUGGCUUCUGUCGUUGGUGUGUUGCCUAACGUCAUUUCUGCAUACCCUAAGAAGAACCUCCAACAAGACAUUCGCCAGUCAUUGCAAUCUUUCUUUGCUCAUUUCUUCCCUACCGAAGAGAAGCUUUAUGCACUUGAGUCCGACUCUGAGUGCCUUAAUUGUAUUCGUUUCAUUGCACAAAAAUUGCCAAAGUCUAUCAGCUGGAGAGACUCGAGGGCUUACCUUCUCGCAGACAGCUUAACUUGGGUGGCUGACGCUGACCAAGGCGGCUUCGCUAUUGUUGAAGGUACCGUUAGAGGUGUCGGUUUCAAUGUGAACAGACUUGUGCAUAUUCCUGGUCAUGGUGACUUCCAAGUGCAGCGUAUAGAAAAGGUUGCAAAGCAUAAGAACGUUAUGGAGGACGAGGAGCUGCAUGCAUUUAAUGCUGACUCUAACCAAGAGUCUCUCGAAGAACUCAAUCCCGUAGAAGCUGAAAUGGAAGACUUUGACGACGAUUAUGAGUACGAUGACUAUGGUGUGAAGAUGGAGGGUAAGAAUUACUUCGAUGGGGGAUCCAAUGAAGUCAAGAGAAAGUGGAAGGUUCCUGAAGGUACCUCCGAAUAUCAGAGCAAAUGGUUACUAGAUGAUGUGCUUGAGGCUGCGUCUGAUGUUGAAAGUGCUGACGAAAUGGAAGAAGUUGGUGAAGACGAUGAAGUCGCAGAAGAACUUACCGAAAAUGGAAUGGAUGAUGACGAUGACAUGAAGUCACAGUUUGGUGACAACCAGCUGGAAAUGUUUGUUGAAUUGUCUCCGGAAGAGGAGGAGGAACAGCUUAAGCAAUACAGAGCUAUGGAGAAAGAAGACAGAGAAUUCCCUGAUGAGAUUGAGUUGGCUCCUGAGGAGUCUGCCAAGGAGAAGUUGGGCCAUUACAGGGGUAUCAAGUCUCUUGGAAAUUGCGAUUGGGAUUGGGACGAGCAGGACUCAGAAAGACCACUGGUAUACAGCAGAUUGCUUAGAAUCAACCAUUUCAAGGCAACGAGAAACAAGUUGCAAAAGGACGCUGCCAAGGAAGCUCAGGCACUCACCGGUCAAAAAUACCGUCUUUAUAUCCGUGCUCCUCCAUCUGUUGCUGAGAACGUGGACGUUAGUGUUGCUCCAUUCACAGUUUACCUGUUGCUUCAACACGAACAUAAAUUGGCCGUCACCAACUUUUCUUUCACUUCAUGGGAAGACUACGAAAAGCCAGUUCCAUCGGGAGAACAGCUUAUUGUGCAAUACGGUUUCAGAAGACAGGUUAUCAGUCCAAUGUUCAACCAGGCUUCUAACACCUCUAACAAUGUUCACAAGAGCGAGAGAUUCGCUCACCAAGGCGAUCUUAGCAUUGCAACUGCGAUUGCUCCUCCAAUUUUCCACAACGCUCCUGCUAUUUACUUUAGACCUACUCCAGAAGGCGGCUUAGAGCUUGUGGGUCAAGGUACAUUCUUGAACUGUGACCACACGAGAGUGAUGGCCGAGAGAACUGUCUUGACCGGCCACCCAGUCAAGAUUCACAGACGUCUUGUCACCGUCAGAUUCAUGUUCUUUAACACUGAAGAUAUCAACUGGUUCAAGGCUGUGCCAUUGUUCACCAAGUCAGGCAGAACUGGUUUCAUCAAGGAGAGUUUGGGUACUCAUGGUUACUUCAAGAGUACUUUCGACGGGCGUCUUUCUGCCCAGGACGUGGUUGCCAUGGCACUCUACAAACGUGUUUGGCCCUCAGUUUCCCAUCUGUGGGUUGCUUAG